AUGCGUUUUGCUGCCCUUUCCACGGUACUUCUGGGUCUAUCACAGCAUGUGCACGCCUUGCCAGUCGAAACCGAUGAGACUUCUGCGCUCGAUAUCACCUUGAGUCGUGUCGCUGACACCCGCAUCAAGGCUGUCGUGAAGAACUCUGGCAGCGAAGAUGUCACAUUUGUGCAUCUCAACUUUUUCCGUGACGCCGCACCCGUAAAGAAGGUCAAUGUCUUCAAGAACGAUGCUGAGAUCACUUUUGAGGGAAUCAAGCGCCGCUUCGUCCUCGAGGGUCUCACCUCGGAAUCUCUCACUUCUCUUGCUGCAGGAGAGACCUUUGAGGAUGAAUUUGACAUUGCCACUACCAGUGACUUGUCUAGCGGAGGCCCAUUGACUCUUCGUUCGACCGGCCUGGUGCCCCUAGUCACUGAUGGUGCAGUCACUGGCUAUCUGCCAUACCGUUCCAAUGAUCUCAAGAUCGAGGUUGACGGUGUCAAGGCAUCCCGUGUGCUGAAGGCUAUCAAGCCGCUCGAUCGUCGUGCUCUUCAAACCUGCAGUGAUUCGAGCAAGAAGUCUGCGCUUGCCAAGGCUCUCCAGAACACUGUUACGCUCGCAACCAAUGCCGCACAGGCUGCUCUUUCUGGAUCUUCCACCAAGUUCAGCGAGUACUUUAAGACCACCAGCACCACUACACGCAAUGUUGUGGCUGCUCGCCUUAAGGCUGUGGCAAAAGAGGCCGGCUCGAACACUGCCACUAAGUACUACUGCGAAGAUACCUUGGGAUAUUGCGAGACCAAUGUCUUGGCUUACACUCUGCCAUCUCAGAAUGUCAUCGCCAAUUGCGAUAUCUACUACAGCGAGCUCCCAGCAUUGACUAGCACAUGCCACAACCAAGAUCAAGCAACCACAACUCUCCACGAGCUCACCCAUGCUCCAGGAGUAUACAGCCCAGGAACUGAGGACAACGGAUACGGAUAUCGCGCUGCGACGGCCCUCUCUAGCGCAGAUGCUGUGUUGAACGCUGACUCGUAUGCAUUGUAUGCCAAUGCAAUCGCCCUUGGCUGCUAA